AUGGCCAUGCAAAAUUUUUUGGAUGGACAGAAACAGUAUGAUGAUGUAUUAAAUCGAUCAAAUAGUUCAAGUUUUAAUGAAAGUAACAACAAUACAAAAGAAAACAAAAAUGAAAUUGAUAGAAAAGAAAUUUUUGAACAUCAGAAUUUUCGACAAGAGAAAAUUAAUAAGAUUAAUCAAUUAAUCGAAAACUUAAUUGAAAACUGUAAAGAUAUUCCAGGUCUACCAUAUGGUUGUUUUAUUCACAUGAAGUCUGUUAUUGAAAACAUAAAUACAGCAACAUACGAAAAAUAUGAUGUAAAUGAUAUUCAUCAAUCAUUGUUAGAAGCUAAAAAAUUGAUUGAUUUAAUGAAUCUGAAUGAUACUGAAAAAAACAAGUUGCAAGAAAUAAUAUUUCACAUAGAAGAAGUCGUACAUGAGUUGUUGGACCAUUUAAAUAAGAUUGAAUUACAACUCAAUGAUAUUAUAAAAGAAAAAGAAAAAAUACAAUAUCAAUAUUCUAAUAUAUGUAGUGAAAAUGAUCAAAACAAAAAACAAAAUCAAGAGUUACAUAAUGCAAUUAAUGAUUUACAUGGUAAAAAUAAAAUAAUAAAUGAUAUAGUUAAAGAUUUACAUGAUAGAAAACAAAAUUUAGUUUCUGGUUUUAAAGAUUUACAGUGUGGAAGUAAAAAUUUAGUUUCUUCCUUUAAACAUUUAAAUGAUGAAAAGAAAAAGUUAUAUGAUAAAAUCAACAAAUUAAAAAGCAAUAUUGGCGAGUUACAAAAAAAAUCAAGUAAUAGAGUAUUAAAAGAAGUAUUCGCUCAUUUAUUAACACCAUGUAUUGAACGAAUCAAAGAUGGAUUCGAUCAAAUGAACGAAGAAAAAAAAAGAACAUUUCAACAGUGUUAUGAAUUUCAAAAAUAUUACAAUGCACGUGUAUUAGAAAAAAUUAAAUAUAAAAAUGAAAUAAAUGAUGAUGAACCAUUAACAUUAAUUCGUGAAAUUAUUGAAAAAUUUUCCAAUGAAGCUAAUUUAUCAACAGAUGAGCUUAUUGAAGUUCUUAUAGACAUAAAUAAAAGAAAUUACAAAACAUAUGACUUUACUGAAGAUUAUAUAAAUGAUUUUAUUGAUGGUGAAUGUACAGAAAAUGAUCUUAUUCAAUAUAUUGAAGAUAAAAGUGAUGUUGCUAUUAUGAUUACUGAUAAUGAAAAAGAUAUACUCACAAAAUUAAUUCGUUUUAGUAUUGCACAUCGUCAAGAACUAAUUCCCAUACAAUCAACUGUUACUAAUUAUUUUGGUGAUUCAAAAGUAUUUGAUCAUUAUAUUGAUAGUCCAUUUCGAAUGUCUAUUGUUAAACGAUAUAAAAACAUGGGUACUAUUGUUAUGGGUAAAAUUGAAUCUGGAUCUUGUCGUAUUGGUGAUCAAUGUUUAAUUAUGCCUAUUCGAAAACUUGUAAAAAUUAUAAAUAUUUAUUACGAUAAUGAUAUUGAAACUGAUUCUUGUAUUUGUGGAGAAAAUAUUCGUCUUAAAUUAAAAAAUGUUGAAGAACAAGAGAUUUCAUCAGGAUUUAUAUUAUGUCAUGCCCAUCAAGAUCCAUGUAGUUUUGGAAGAGUUUUUGAAGCACAAAUUACUAUACUUGAACAUACAUCAAUUAUAUAUCCAGGUUAUUCAACUGUACUUCAUAUUCAUGCAGCUGUUGCUAAAGUUCAAUUUAAAAAAUUAAUAAGAUUGCUUGAUAAUGAAACGAAUAAAACAACUCAAGAAAAUCCAACGUUUAUAACACAAAAUCAUGUAGCAAUAGCAAUAUUUGAAUUAUCACAAGCUGGACAAGUUAUUUGUAUGGAACCAUUCAAUCGUUUUCCUCAACUUGGACAAUUUACAUUACGGGACAAUGGUCGAACGUUUGCUGUUGGAAAUGUGCUUAAAAUCAUUAAUUGA